GCAGGAAAGGGCUCGCCGGAGGAGAACAACUGCUGGUGGUAGGGGGCUCGUCUCGUUCCUUUUCGGAAGGAGGAGACCGAAGGGACUGAUUCCGACUGCUGGUCUUGCAGGGACGUCUGGAAAACGUGACGGUGUAUCACACGCCACAAGACUGCCCUCGAAAUAUGCGGAUGGUGGCCGGAUGGCGCAGUACAAUUCAGCAGGGUCGUGGGGAGGCGAGAGGGAGCCUGGGGCGCGCAGGAAAAAAGUCUAUGGGUAUCUCAAAGCAGCAAAUGAGUUGCGCCAGUCCUAUGCUGCGCAACUGAUGCGGGGAACUACUCAAGACUAUGACUACGAUGAAGGGAAUAGGGUUCCUGGUGCUUUCCCGGACGUUGAGGUUGCGCGGUCCGGCGAUGAGGAAAUGGUCAUAUUCCCCAGCUACGCGAGGAGGCAUGUGAGGAAGAAGCCCGAAGUUCGAAGGAAUGGGCCCCAGGAGUCAUCCUUUGGGGACGAUGCCGACCUAGAUCAAAGCGGGCAAGAGCAAUAUUGGAGGGAACAGUGGGACACGUACGAGGAUCAGCAUGCAAUCGCGGAUGUUGAUGUACGCGGUUGGAUAUAUAUGCCGCAGCGAGGACCAUUGACUCGGAAGCACCGACUCUUGAUUGCGCUCGCGAGAAGAUUGAGUGGUGUUCCAGCGCCAACCCCAGGAAACAGUCGCGAGUCAAGCCAACCGCCGCCGUUGGCUGACAAGGCUACUCAGCCGACCAACCAAGAAGAAGACCUUGUGAAUGGACAAGCACAAAGCCUAAUCAAUGAAGCAGAAGGCCAUGCUGAUGAUGCAUGGAGAGGCGCCGCAUCCGAUGAGCGUCAAGGACGAGUGUCCGGUCGAAGUUCGUCGACAGUGACCAUCCCAUCUAUGGGAAAGGAUGAGUUGGUUAAGGCCAAUAAAUAUUUGAUGGAAAGAAUGCGUCCCUUUCUGGCGACUCCCGUGGUCGGGGUUCCUGUGACUGUUUUCUUUUUUAACGCUGAGCAAAGUCAGUCGCGAAACAUCGUGACGAACGAGUCCGGUCAUUUUUCUUUGAAAGCAGCAUUGCCAUUUGUGCCCACUGAGAUCCGUGUCCUUGCCUCCGAUAAGCUAUCUGCUUCAAAGCCAGUGCAGAUCACGGAGCCAAAAGGUGUCAGUUUGAUCAGUGACAUUGACGACACUAUCAAGCACUCGGCCAUUGCUAGCGGGGCUAGGGAGAUCUUUAGGAACACGUUCGUGCGAGAGUUACAAGAUCUCACCGUAGAAGGGGUCCGUGAAUGGUACUCGAAACUGGCGAGCAUGGGCGUGACUAUGCAUUACGUUUCGAAUUCGCCAUGGCAGCUCUACCCUCUUCUGGAGACCUACUUCAAACUGGCAGGUCUACCACCGGGCUCGUUUCAUCUGAAACAAUAUAGUGGGAUGCUCCAAGGUAUCUUUGAGCCUACAGCUGAGAGGAAGAGAGGAUCGUUAGAAAAGAUCUUAGGCGACUUUCCUGAGCGCAAGUUCAUUCUUGUCGGUGACAGCGGCGAGGCUGAUCUCGAGGUCUACACGGACAUUGUUUUGGCAUAUCCAGGUAGAAUACUCGGGAUCUUCAUUCGAGACGUCACGACACCUGUACAGAAAAGGUUCUUCGACAAGUCUGCCGAUCAUAUCGAGGCAGUAGCCAAGCAGAACCGCAGUACAGGCCAGUUGAUCGAUCACUCAGAUGCAGCCGAGAACCGGCCGGCAUUACCGCCUCGUCGAGUUCCUUCGGAGCCCGAUGCGAGGACCACCAAGAACGCUGACUUGAUUGACUUGAAUGAACCGGAGCCUGCGAAAAGCAAUUCUAAUGCUGUGAACUCGACAAGCAGCAAACUGCCUCCUGUGAAGCCAUCAAAGCCGCCUACACUGCGCAAGGCUUCUACUGAUCUUGGGCCAUCGUUAUCUCCUGAACGGGAAGCUCGCCCUACUCCGAUGGAAGACAUAUGCCGGAAGCCAGUACCAGUGCCACCUGAAAAACCGCGCCAACUUUCUGCUUCGCGCGGAACUCAGUCAGAGCAGCGGCCACAACUGCCCGUCAGGCCUGGACAGCAGGGCAAGCCGCCAGUGCCUAGUCGAAACACAAACCAGAGUGACCAAAGCCAGUCAGGCAGUUACGCCAGUAGUGUUCGAAAUGCUGUUAGCAGCGUUUACAACAACCUUCCGUCGACAAACUUGCGUCGACCUGCAACGUCUGUUGAGACCACUUCUGCCCAACCAGCACGGUCAAAACAGCCGCCACCAGUCCCUCCGCCACGCAGAAGUACAGCCGUUACCUCUACUACUACUCCUACCAAAUCACCCCCGCCCGAGAGGCUCCCAAGUGCGUUCUCCGCAGCUGCCCAGUAUGCUUCCGAGCGUCUGCCCUGGUCGUCUAGUCCUGCGAGCCUCGUGAAGGCCUCUGCUUCUACACCGGACUUCGGCAGGACAAACACAAAUAGCACUAGCGAUUACGAGAACCCCGAUGCAUAUGUCCCGCCAGCGCCGUUGCCAAACAAACGCGAGGAGCUGUGGAGACGCCGGUGGGAGCGAGCCAAAUCCAUCUUGGAUCGUGAAGGUGUCGUUCUAGGCACUUGGCGGGUGGGGAGUGACGUGCAGGACGUGUGUGUAUGGCUCGUCGAGGAGGCGCAGAAAGAGAUGCAGGAGCAGGAGAAUAAUGGAUUAUGAAAGACUUGAGUUCCGCACACGAUAUGACGAUACGGCACUUUUAUGCGAAGAGGGCCUUUGUAGAUAGCAUUCCAGGAAUAAAUUAUGGGAAAGGGCUUCAGUUACAUAUGUUAGACUCAUGGAUUGUAUUAUACGAGAUACCAUAGUUGAACCGAAUAUCAAUUUUUUCGCCCAGAAAGAAUACUCUAAUUUC